UUAUAGAAACAAUCCAAUCCAAUCCAAAUUAACCCAACAAAUGUAAAAACAUGAAGAAGCAGGUUAGUGCACUGGCAAUUUGCAUUGAGUCGAGCGAGAGAGAGAGAGAGAGAGAGAGAGAGAGAGUGUUAAAACAGUGUACUAAUCGCUCGUUCGUAGACUCGGGCAGUGGAAGGAAGGAAAGGUUGUCCCGACCCGACGCACAAACUAAAGAGAACAGAGGAAGACCCACCCGACAGGCGACAUUUAUAUUUAGAGUUGUUAUAAAAUGGCUGCUGCCGCUCUCAAUGCAAUUUGCUUCAAGACCAAUUACAAUAUCCAACAACGCCCUUCUUCGUCUUUCAUUUCUUGGACCAACAAAUCAAUCAACUAUAAGCCCCCCAUGGCUGCUCUAGCAACUGCUCCUACUGUUGGACUCUCCGAAACUUUCUCCAGAUUGAAGCAACGGGGGAAAGUGGCGUUGAUUCCGUACAUUACAGCUGGUGAUCCUGACCUUUCAACCACAGCUGAAGCGCUGAAAAUUCUCGACUCAUGUGGCUCAGACAUUAUAGAAUUAGGGGUGCCUUACUCAGACCCUUUGGCUGAUGGUCCUGUUAUCCAGGAUGCCGCCUCACGGUCAUUAGCCAGAGGAACCAACUUUGAUAAAAUCAUUGCAAUGUUGAAGGAAGUGGUUCCUCAGUUAUCUUGUCCAAUUGCACUAUUCUCAUAUUAUAACCCAAUACUCAAGCGUGGUGUGGAGAAAUUCAUGACGACUUUGAAAGAUACUGGUAUUCAUGGACUUGUAGUCCCGGAUGUCCCUCUUGAGGAGACUGAGAUACUAAGAAAGGAAGCUAGUAACAAUAAUAUAGAACUGGUGCUGCUUACGACGCCCACUACUCCAACGGCACGAAUGAAAACCAUUGUUGAGGCUUCAGAAGGAUUUGUCUAUCUUGUGAGCUCUGUCGGAGUAACAGGAGCAAGAGCAUCUGUCAGUGAAAAGGUUCAAUCUCUUCUAAAGGAAAUUAAAGAGGCAACAAACAAGCCGGUGGCAGUUGGUUUUGGCAUAUCAAAACCUGAGCAUGCCAAACAGGUAGCCGAAUGGGGAGCAGAUGGUGUCAUUGUUGGUAGUGCCAUUGUAAAGCUAUUGGGUGAAGCAAAAUCGCCUGACGAAGGCCUAAAGGAACUCGAGACGUUCACCAAAACCUUAAAAUCUGCAUUAUUGUGAUGCACUGUUUUAUUGUAGUCUAGUCCCUUAUUCUGAAGAACUGGCUUUAGGAUGCUACAAAACUCUUCUAACUUUGAGCUGAAAUUUUUGUUCUAGGUAGCUGCUCAGGUCAUGAACAUCUUGAAUCCAUUUCAUGUUAUUUGAUUUCCUUGUGAUCAAUAUUUACUGCUACACCAACAUGGUGUUUGUAUUUAUUCACUUCCAUAGUUGUAAGCUGAACAAAGGACUAUCAAGACGGUAACUUGUUGUAUUUCAUUUUA